GUCACUGCUGGUGGGUAGGAGGCGGGGGGGGGGGGCUGGACAAGAGACUGGGUUUGCCCCACGCAGAGCUAUCGGCUGGGCUAACGCAGGUGCCAGCUCCAACGUGGACACGGACAACUUCAGAAAUAUGGUGUUCCUCUGGGGUCUGUGGCUGCUCUGCCUACCUGCUCUGCACGGUCACCUGGGGUUUGUUUCGGCACAUGCCAUUGAGCAAAAGCGCCUCUUCUUAGACAAAGAUGGGGAGCUGAAGGACUUGAAAAGUGCUGGAAUUGUACAGGCUGCUCUGCCGGGAGACAUCGCAACCCUGCCGAACACAGAGCUGGUAGACUUUACCUAUGACAGCUUCCAGGAGACUGAUGGACCCAUGUCACGUUUCACCACCACCCCGCCAGACGUGAGGGAUGACUGGAGCCCAGAAGAUGAAGCCAUAGCUGGGGCUGAGGGCUGUCGUGAACAGCAACCCUCUGGGGAAAUUCCCUCUUCUGAAGAGGAAGGAGAGGCUGGCCAUGAAAACUGCGAGAUGAGGUGGAAGAAGAGCCACCGGCUAGCAGAUGGCUUGAUGAGAUUCAGCAUCGAUCUCCUGAGAGAGGUCCAGCUGGAGUCCAACAGAAGCAAUGUGAUCCUGUCACCCCUCAGCAUCGCCCUCGCCUUGUCUCACCUGGCACUGGGAGCAGCAAAUCAGACAGAGAAGCAUUUGCUGGAGGCGAUGCAUCUGGCGUCGGUGCCCUGUCUCCACCACAUGUUGGGUGCCCUUCGCAGAAGGCUCACAGCAUCCACCCUCAGCCUCGCGUCGCGUCUGUACCUGCAGAAGGGAUUUGAGGUGAAAGAGAAGUUCCUGGAGGAUUCAGAGAAAUUCUACGGAGCAAAGCCCAUGACGCUUUCUGGGAUGAGUGCGGAUGACCUCGCAGCCAUAAACAAGUGGGUAAAGGAAGCAACUAAUGGGCAAAUACCCACCUUCCUACAGCAGCUCCCUGAAAACACAGUGAUGCUCUUGCUCAAUGCAAUCCAUUUCCAAGGGUUUUGGAGGAAUAAGUUUGAUGUUAGCUUCACCGGGACAGAUGUAUUCCACCUUGACAAUGAGUUCGUGGUGCCAGUUGAGAUGAUGAAAGCCCAGAAGUACUCCCUGAGCUGGUUUACACUGGAGUCCCAGGACAUUCAGGUGGCCAAGUUUCCCUUUAAAAGUAACAUGAGUUUUGUGGCCAUUGUACCAAACCAGUAUACUUGGAAUAUCUCUCACGUGCUGGAGAACUUCCCUUAUAAACAACUAUGCAAGCUUUUCCCCCAAGAGGUACCCACCACAGUGAAGGUCCCCAAAGUAAAACUGGACUACCAGCUGGAACUCAACAAGGUUCUCAGUCAAAUGGGCCUCCAGGAGCUGUUCACAAGCCCGGAUCUCCAGAAGAUCACAGAUGACCCUCUCAUUGUAUCUAGUAUACAGCAUCAGUCUACCCUGGAGCUGAAAGAAGAUGGGGUGGAAGCAUCUGGUGCUACCGGCGUCGCGAUUUCACGCUCAUUCUCUGCCUUCAGCCUUGACCGGCCCUUUGUCUUCAUCAUGUUUGAAGAUGAAACAGGCAUCCCGCUCUUUAUAGGCAGCGUGCAGAACCCUAACCCCAACGCUGCUCCCCAGAUAAAAGCACCACGGGACUCACAUGAAGCGACAAAUGUCAAUGAGUACCCCAUGCCCAAAUAAGAGAGGAGCAGAGCCUCGGCAUUCUGGGACUGUUUCCUGACCCUUUGGACCAGCUAAGAGAGGCCGCCUGUCUUUGGAGACCUCCCCUCUGAGGCCACCCCUUGCUGUUUUCCUUUACAGAUCCCUAGAGACCAGUCCUGGGAUAGCCCAUUCCAGCCUUGACGAGCUUCUCCAGGCUGGGGUUCCCCCCUGUUGAACCUGAAAAGCUUUUUCUGCCUGGAUUUCCCUUCCAGGGCUCUCAGUCCUGGAAGGGAGACUUCCGUGUCCCCAGACUCUUAUCAGAGUCUUUAUUAAGCUCUCAUUAGAGUCCCCUGUAGCCUGGAAUCACCAUCAGCAUCUGGCAGCUUGGAAAACAGCCAGAGAUAUUAAUAUGGCUCUUCCUUCCGCAGUUCCUGUGAACAUGUCUCCCUCAAAGUGUUCCUCUGAAAACCCUCUGUAGCCACCUAGAACACGACCUCUUAGACCAACUGGACUAGUAACCAGUUGUCUUCUCUACGUCACAGCCAUUUCCAGGCACAGGCUCUUUUCAAAGAUUCUCUUUUCCCACUUGUCAACUAUUGGGAUCUGAUGUGGGAGGGUCUGCAGUGGGAAACCCCGUUGGAUCCUUAUCUCCAGCCCUUUUCCUGGGAAACUCUUAAGUUCUUGGGUAAUGCUAGAUUUUUUGGAGACGUAUUUUAUAAAGUGUUUUUUAGUAAUUUUUAUGUUGGCAGAAUAAUAAAGAGUAAAGCAGAGUA